GCACAAAUGUGUUUUAUACCUUUUUUUGACUUAAUUCCACUCUAAACUAAUCUAUUCUCUUUGGAAUUACAGUAUAUUAAUUUCGUAUUUAGUAAUAGUGUAAAGUGUGGAGCUGGGGAGGGGGAUUGUGAAAUUGAUAAUGAUUGCUCUGGUUCUCUUAUCUGUGGAAAGAACAACUGUUUAGAUCUGCACCCUGGUGCAGGGGGGAUGUGGGAUGCUGAUGAUGAUUGUUGUACACAACGCUGCACUGCUAAACAUCCAUGUACAGAAGGACAAGGGCACUGUACAUCAAACACAGAUUGCCAGGGAAAUCUGUUAUGCGGAGCUAGUUGUCUGGAUACCACAUAUUUUCCCAGAACUCAGUUCUUUGGAAACUCUGAAACCUUCUACUCAUCUUCAGAUAAAUGCUGUUACAAAAAAUGUGACAAGAAGUACAAUCUGUGUCUCUAUGGUUCAACUGGAUGCCUUACAAGUGAGGAUUGUAAAGCUGGUCUAUACUGCAAAACUGAUGUAGCCUCACCAUAUUGUGAAGAUAUAAAUGAAUGUGAUCCUGUUCCUCGUAUGAGGGAUGGACAUUACCCAGGAGUUCUUCAUUGUGGAAACCAUGCCACAUGCACUAACACAAUUGGAAGCUUCAGCUGCAAAUGCAUGCCUGGGUUUACAGAUUGGCAGAUGCAUGAUGGGUGUGUAGAUAUAGAUGAAUGCGCUAUAGGAACAGAUAACUGUGUUGCUAACAGUAACUGCUGGAACACAGCUGGUUCUUAUGUCUGCACCUGCAAGGUUGGAUAUGCAAAGAAUAAAGUUGGUGCCUGUGUAGAUAUGAAUGAAUGUGCUCAACAAGGAACAUUGGAUUACUGUGGGCCUAAGGCUACAUGUGUGAACACUGUUGGAAGCUUCAGAUGUGACUGUCUGGUUGGAUUUGAAAAUUUUAAACCUUAUAAAGGCUGUUCAGAUAUUGAUGAAUGUGCAGAUCCUAGGAUUUGCGGGACGGGCUAUAAGAAUUGUUAUAAUAAUAUUGGAAGCUACACUUGCGACUGCAUGGUUGGUUGGACAGAUUGGACUCCAGUAGGAGGCUGCAUCAGAGACUUCUGUUAUAUAGAUAGGCCCAAUUGUUAUGCUAAUGCCAAGUGCGGGAACACUGUAUUGGGAAGCACUUGUCUUUGUGAACCAUACUGGCAUUACUGGGUGGAUAAAAAAGGGUGUUUAACAGAGUGCUUGGGUCGGUCCUCUGAUGCGACGUGCUGCACCAAAACAGAACUAUGCGACUAUGGGGAGGGGGAUUGUGACAGUGACGCGGAUUGCAAGCCUGGACUGACUUGUGGAACUGACAACUGUAUACAAUUCUAUGCUGGGGCAGUAGCAUCCUACGACUGCUGUAUCUAAUUCUAUUUUAGCGUAGUAGCAUCCUACGAAUACUGUAUCUAAUUCUAUAUUGGAGUACUAGCAUCCUAUGACUGCUGUUUUUAAUUCUAUAUUGGUGUAGUAGCAUCCUACGACUGCUGUAUCUAAUUCUAUAUUGACAUAGUAGCAUCCUAUGACUGCUGUAUCUAAUUCUAUAUUGGCGUAGUAGCAUCCAACGACUGCUGUAUCUAACUAUAUUGAUGUAGUUGCAUCCUAUGACUGCUGUAUCUAAUUCUAUAUUGGCGUAUUAGCAUCCUCGACUGCUGUAUCAAUUCUAUAUUGGCGAAGUAGCAUCCUACGACUGCUGUAUCUAAUUCUAUAUUUGAGGAGUAGCAUCCUGCAACUGCUGUAUCUAAUUCUAUAUUGGCGUAUUAGAAUCCUACGACUGCUGUACCUAAUUCUUUUUGGUGUAGUAGCAUCCUUUGACUGCUGUAUCUAAUUCUAUUUUGUGGUGGAUUUUUGGGACUCAGGCCCCUUGGGUUAGGGAAAUCUAUGAUUUCUUUUAUAUGCCCCUGUUGGUCAUUGAUUGUAUGAUAUUCACAAUAUUUCAAAUGUUUUAAGUGGAAUUCAUCAAAAGAAUAUAACAAAUUUAGUUUGAAACUUUGAAAUUCGUUUUAAUUAGAUCUUUAACAAACAUUUUAGACAAUGUGCUAAAUUUGAAUACUAUUUGCAUUUUAUUGAUUAUGUAAAAACAAAGAAAUAAAUUAUUGAAUGAAA